AAACAUAAUCUCGCAUAUAUAAUUAUAUGUUCUUAAGAAUAAAAACAGUUUAAGAAUAAGAAUCUAACAUUUAUUAAGUUUAAAGGGAUGCAAUUUUUUGUUUUAUGAAAAUACAAACAAAAUAAUCUAUUAAUUUAAUUAGUUUUAUAUUAAAUGAUUUUUUGUAGCAUUUAAACACACAAAAUAGUUAAACUUAUUUUCAACUUUUUAUAAAAUAUUUGAGUGGUUUUAAAUCAAAUAAUAUAAAAAAGAUAAAUAAAAGGUUAUUAAAAAAGUAUGACAUAAUAUUUUAUAUUGUUUGGACACAAGAUUGGUUAGUGUGUUGUUUGGAAAUACAUUUAGUAGUAUAAUGUUAUUUUCCAUAAUUAGAAAAGUGAAUUUAACUAUAUAGUAUAAGAGUGUAUUUAAUUUAAAAAUUUACAAAAAGGCUGGAUCCAUGAAAAUGAUUUUUUUUUUUUAAUAAAAGGGAUAUCUGAACCUUUUAAAAUAUUAAAUAACAUAUAUAAUAUCGAUUCAUCUCAGCUUUUUUGUCCGAACUUAUUUUUAUAUCCGAAUGAACAUAAAUAUCUGAAAAUAAGCAAAUUUCAAACAACCAAGAUUCAACAAAAAAUACAUUUUGUUUAGGCUUAACAAAAGUAUAUAUAUUUGAAGAUAACCUUCUAUAUAAUAUCGGAUAUCAAUAUCGAAUAUUACCCUUUGAGGUUCGAAUAUCCAAUUUCCUAACUCUCUUUGUAUCGGGUUUGAGUUCGAGUUUUUGGGAUCAGAUUUCGGUUCGAAUAUCAGGUUUGAAUAUUAUGCCAGCCCUAUCUCUAAACAUCACAAUACUACUACUACAAUCAUCUACAACUUUCAGAUUGUACUGGUCCUACUUAUCUAAUGCGAUGAACUUGGAUUAAGUACAAAGCAGAUGCUUUUUUCUUUUCUUGUAUUAUAAAUAUCACUUCCUCUUCUACAGUCACAUUUACUCUGUUCUUUAUCACUGCAACUCGAAAAGAGAAGAAGAAGAUGAUGAUGAUGAUGAUGAUGAAUGGAGCUACAGAAGCUGAGCUUUUACUCAACUGUACCAACAUGUCGUUCUUACAGCUCCAAAGGGAUCACCUAAGAUACCACCACCAUCCCGGCUUCUUCUCCAACUUUUCGACCAUUAACGGCGGCGAGAGUGACGGCUUUCUGGCGACAACCGGUUUGAAUAUUCCGGAUAUUUACAGGGAGAAGACGACGGAGAGUGAUGCCAUACUCUCAAUGUCGCCGGAAAAUAUAACAACUUCUGCGACGUUUGUGUCUGAAAAUCUCAAGAAAAGGAAGCUUGAUGACGUCGUUACAGAGACUAAGGUUUGUGAUGAGAAGAGGAUGAUGAUGAGGAAUAAAGCCAAGAAAGAAGAAAACAAUUUUUCUAACGAUUCAUCAAAAGUGACGAAGGGAUCGCAGAAAAGGGAUUAUAUCCAUGUUCGUGCACGUAGAGGACAAGCCACUGAUAGCCACAGCAUUGCAGAACGAGCUAGAAGAGAAAAGAUCAGCGAGAGAAUGAAGUAUCUUCAAGCUUUAGUUCCUGGAUGUGACAAGAUCACAAGCAAAGCAGGGAAGCUUGAUGAGAUCAUUAACUAUGUUCUGUCCCUUCAGACACAGUUCUUAUCGAUGAAACUAGCAGCUCUGAAUUCAAGGUUCUCUGGACAGAGACAACUUAUUUUUCAAGGGGGCAAUUUUUUAUUUGAGAAGAGUAUAUAAGAAUAUUGUGUGUGUGUGUUUUUUUUUUUGAAACUUUUU